AUGACUACACUCAAGGAUAUCCUGGACUCUGUGGCACAGGACGAUCGACUCGACCAGGACGUGCUGCUGCUGGGUGGGACCACGCGACACCAUGUUGAGUUUUUAUCUGAGUUUGGCGUGAACGAGAUCAGCGUGAAUCCAUACGGGGUCCAUUAUGUUGAUCUGGGGGACGUCAAGUUGAACUUCCGUUCGUUUCCCGGGCCUUUUGAGCCCGAUUAUUUUACCAGUAUUGGCCCGCGUGUAGCAAAGUCGCUUGUGGUCCACUUUCUGGACGCGUUUGAGGCUCUCCGAGCCGCUCAGACUGAAGAAAUCAUAUUCCAAAGAGUGACACGGCAGCUGAAACCGUGGAUCGACGAAUUCCCAGAGGCACAGCGCGUGGCUGUGGUGUUCGACGUUGCCAAGGUGGACUACAACGUGAAAAGCGUGCCGCAGAUCGAAUUUCUGCAGCAGUUGGUGCGACUGAUCAUGAUGAACUACAACGGCUCUACAGUGUACCACCAGCGGGGGCAGACCAGAAGCAACUUCAGGUCUCUCCUUCUGGACUCGCCCGAUAUUCGCAUUGAGGACUUUGACGCCAUAUUUGUGCCGUACGGAACAGACUCCAUAGGAAAGAUCAGAAUCAUCAACGAUAAGUUCGAGUGCGAACAGAAUCUUGAAAAAUGGAACCGAUGGCAGUCUCCCCCAUCACUGUCAGAGUCAGAAACCAGUCAUCCCGUCCAGAAAACAGCCAAUCUUAGACAAAAAUACCAGGACUUCCUGAAAGGUAUCUUUACGGCUGUGUAA